AGCCCCCACCGAUAUCCCCUCCUCCACUCCACUCGCUCCCUCCCCUUCUCGCGGCAAAAACCUCCGAGGCAGAUAAGGCGACCCCUCGACCACCGUCACACCGCCGCCGGCCAUGGUCGGCGUCGCCGCAGGCUUCGCCUUCGCGCCGUCCGUGUCCCGCGUCGCUUACAGGACCGGCGCCGUCCCGCACACUUCUGCGCCCUCUUCGUCGGCGCGGUUCCCGGCCAGACCGUGGGCGCGUGCGCGGCUCGUCGUGGUCGCGCGGUACUCAUCCUCGUACGAGAGCGACCAGGAGGAGGAGGAUGAGGAGGGGUUCGGCGGUGGCGGCGGGCGGUGGGGGAGGAGGGACCGCGGGCCCGACACAGACUACGACCCCACCCUCGACAUCGAACGAAUCGAGUCCUCAACUAUAAGGCUGUUGGAUGAACAGAAAAGAAUGGUUGGUGUGGUAUCUGUAAAUGAGGCGGUUCAAAUUGCAGAUGACAAUGAUCUUAUACUGGCAAUAUUAUCACUAGAUGGAGACCCUCCAGUACUUCGACUCUUUAAAGAGAAAGAUUACAAAAAACACAAGUAUGAACAACAGAAGAAGAAGAAAAUUCAGCAGAAAAGAUCUGUUGCAAAACGCAUGGGCUUGAAGGAAUUGAAAAUGGGGUACAACAUUGAUAUUCAUGAUUACAGUGUGAGGCUUAAAGCUUCAAGAAAGUUUCUUAAAGCUGGCGACAAGGUUAAGAUAAUGGUAAACUUGAAAGGACGGGAAAACUUAUAUAAAAAAGAAGCUAUUGAACUUAUUAGAAGAUUCCAAAAUGAUGUUGGUGAGCUAGCGACAGAAGGAAGUAAAAAUUUCGCAGAGAGGAAUAUAUAUGUGGUUCUUGUUCCCAAUAAGGUAGCUAUACAGAAAGAACAGGAUGAGUUGAACAAAAAGGAUACUGUGAAAGAAGAGAAAUACCAAACAGAGGAUCAAUCAGGCGGUGAUGAACCUCUGACAGAACAACUGGAGGAAAGUAAGGAACCUGAGGCAGAAGUCUCAGCAAAUGUUUGAUUAAACUGUAAAGGCUCAGGGUGUCUUCUCUGAUUUAACAAGGUACCAUUUCUGUAUUUGCUGUUCUUGUUAAUACAGGCUAGUGCUGUUGUACACAGCUAUAUCUGUUCACAUCAUCUCCAUAAGCUUUCGGUUAGGUUCCUAGGUGGUUAGACAGAACAAUGGACCUAUGAUGUUCGUAAAGAAAACCGGAACCUGCCAUUUCAGCACUGAAGGAUGAUGAUGCUUGAGCGCUACGAGUUACUUCGCACUGCACUAAUGAAGUUCGUUGUGAAGCGUGCGACCAGAGGAUGAAACAACUACCAGUAACGAUAAGACCCCAAAAAAACAGUAUCGUUUGGCACGGUGUACUUGGCACAUGGCUUUGUUUUCGCCCAGUCGUUGUAGAGAAGAUCAAAUGUAUCUGUGUGACAUUUACUUACUACUUCAAAAUUUAGACCUUUGCCUGUAAGAGCCUAGGAGAGUGUUGUCCAGAUUUCUCUGUAUAAAGGUGAUAAUUUUAACCGA